AACUGAGGUGCAGCUACAUAUAAAAAGGGGCAACAGGUGACGGCUGUGUGUGGAUCUGCUCUCCAGCACACAGAUCUGUAGUUUCAAAAUGUACGGACACAACCAAGGAAACCAGUAUCCCCCUGGCUACCCGAACCAUCCCCAGCAGAUGCCGGGGGGUUACCCGAACCAUCCCCAGCAGAUGCCCGGGGGUUACCCUCACUGUCCUCCAGGCACUGUCCCACCAAACUGCCCUCCUCAGCCCCACGGUCCACCCGGAGGCCACCCAUACGGACCUGGUCCUGGUUACGGUCAUGGUCAAGAGCAUGGACACGGACAAGGACAAGGACAUGGACAUGGACACGGACAUGGACAUGGACACGGACACGGACAUGGACACGGGCACUGCCAUGGACAGGGCCACGGACAUGGGCACAAGCACAAGCACAAGCAUGGUCACAAUCAUGUCAAGUGUCACAAGAAAGGAAAGGACUGUCACGGGUCCUCCAGCAGCUCCUGCAGCAGUGACUCAGACUGAUGAAGACUCUUGGAUCACCUUCAUCCUCCUACCACAUAUUAUAUCUACAAUUUACACAUAUAUGCUUAAGAAUAUAUUUGUAUCAAACACCUGGAUUUGACAAAAAUGUACUGAAAAAAAUCAGGCUUCCAUCAGUACAUAUUGUAUGAAAAAUGAAUAUUUAGCUUUCACAUCAAAUAUUCUUGAUAACUACACACACUAUUGUAGCCAUGAUUUUUUUAAAUCUUUUUUAUUUUUUUGAGAAACAGAUUUCUGUGUGAUAAAUGCAAGUAAAUAAACGACGUAGUGUGCUGCUUUUUUAUUUUA